AUGGUACAAUCGAAAGAUGGUUUGAGCUCCGACGAAGAUGAUGAUCUAAUCUUGCAACUUGAAUUACGUUCGGCAAAAACUGCAACCCAAUUACCUGCAAAAUCCGCGCAAACUCUGCAACAACCACCACUGGCUAGCAGCGCCAAGAAUUUCAAAGAUGAGAUGAUCGUGGCUCAAGGUGAGGCAAGCAUGCUACGUGAUAAAAUUUUCUUCCUUCAGAAACAGAUCAAACGUGAAAAUGAGUUGCAAUCGCUCAAAGCUGAAGAGCUUAAUUCUGUUCACCACGAAGAACUUAAAAAGGUCAAACUUGCACUACAAAAUUUAGAAGAUGAAAAGAAAUUUUUACUCCUGGAGGUCAAAAAAGCGAAUUCGUCAACAAGGUCGAGAGGAAAUUCAUCUUUUCCUUAUUCGAAUGCGGAUCGUAGUACAUCAGGAUCUGCCGAUGAGGUAACCGCUACAGAAAAUACGAGAAAUAGAGUCAUAGCUCCAAUAAACAAAAAACGCAAAAUAGAUAACGAGUCUCUCUUGAAACAUUAUGUGACCUUAAAUCCAGGGAAAAUUCCUCGUGACGAGACUAGUGACUUUGUUGAUUAUCUCUUAUUGCAUAAACUUGUUGGCUCUGAGCUGAGUACGAUUGAGAUUCUUCAUAGUUUGGAACUGCGGUAUAUUGCAAAUUUCAAUUUUAAUGGCUUCAAAAUUUCAAGGGGUGACUCUAUAGGGAAAUCUUUGGUUACACUACUGUUGAAGUGUAAGAAAUGUUUAACGCUGGACAAAUUUAUCAACACACUACUGGAAAGCGUAGCAAUUCUCAUCAAGGAAAUCUCAUUGCAUAAACACGAAUCAGAUUUAGCUAUUCCAUUCCUAGUUGUUAUAAUGUACCAGACUAUUUCCUUCAGGCCAAGUGCUGUACAUCCUAUGGCCUUAAAGGAUCUUUUGCAUUUUAUCAGCGACCUGAUAAAGGCCUACCAACAUGUUUUGAAGCAGUCCAUGUUCGAGAACGAUCCCGGGACUUCCGCCGAACCCCAAAUUUUUCAAUACGAGUUGAUAGACUUUCUGACAACACUUUAUUCCUUUGAUACGCUGGAAACUUCUCUCAGAAUACUGAGAUAUCUCCCAUCAGCGGUGCACGAAGAAGUUCUAGAUUCCGACCUCUUGGAGUCUCUGAAACAAAUAUGCAAAUGUGCUCUCACCAUUUCAUAUACGCCUAUCAUGAAUAUAGUUUUCAAUGCAAUAGCGAUUUUAAAUGCAUUGUGCAAUAUGAUGGUGAGUGGUAAAUCAAGCCUUACGAUUAUUGAAAGUCAAUGGUGGAAAAAUUGUAUUCCAAGAUUGUACCACAUACUCAGUCGCGGUGUAAAAAGCGUCAAUAUUCUGUCGGAAAAUGAUGGCAAUGAUUUUUCCUUAUCAAGAUUUCACGAUUGCUUUGGACUGAUUAGAAAUCUUGGUACAAAUUUCAUUGGCAAAUUUAUUUCAAAGCUCAUUUUCAAUGAUAGAUUACAAAGCUUACCAAGAGUAAUUUCAAAGGAUGACAUACCCGAAAGGAAUGAGGAGCCUUUCAAUGUGGACUUGAAGCUUGAGCGAUGGUUCCUACAACUCAAGGAUGAUAGCUUGAAUCUUGUGGAGAAUCUAAUGAUCUUGUAUCCCAAAGAAUCUGGAAUUAUUGAUGGGGAGAUGUUGAUUCAGCUGACAAAAUUGAUGUCUAAGGAACAGGAAAACCUGAUCGAAAGAUACGUCGGACAGGAUUCUGAUAAUCUAUAUUUCAGGUGCCACCUAAUAGAACAUCUAUUAACAAUAAUAUUCUGGUUAUGUACCGAGUACGAAAAGCAGCUAAGCAUUGAUCAUAUUAAAGAGAUUGAAAGCGAAUUGAUAAUGUCUUUAUGGAGAGUUAUUGUUACGGAGGAAAAUAACUCGUUUGAAAACAGCGAAUUAGCAGAUCAUAGUCAGCUUGUUGACAGAUUGCAUCAGUUGGAAUUACAGGAUGAAAUUUCUUACUAUAACGAUGCGCUUGAGGAUAUGCCUGGUUUUAUCAAACAAGAACUUAAGGAAGAAGUCCACGACAGAGCGGCGAAGAUAAUGCAAAUAAAAUACGAUGAAUGUCACCAACAUAUGGCAAGAACAAUUCUAGAGUCUAAAUUUGAGUCGAUGAUUUCGAUGGAAGAUAUUGAUAGUCUAUAUUUUGCGAUGGGGCUCUAG